GAAAUUCUCCUUUUGGUAUCCCCGGAGAAGGUUGGCAUUUUCUACAGGAACAGCAUGUCUUCCUUGUCAUCCCCUUCCUAUAUAAGGCUCGGUAUUGUCAACAGAAGGAGAGGGCGAGGAGGACGUGUGCCUUACCUUGAUCAACGUUUCGCUUAACAAGAUGCACGUACUCCUACUCUUCCUCCCUGCACUUGUGCUCGCGCAGACCAUUCCCAACGUCUCCCUUCUGAUCGACAAUCCUCACCUUUAUUCCGGCAAAGCGACGAUUCGGACUGUCCUGCCUCUGGUCUCGAUCCGGAAAGGUGGUCCUUUUCACUUCGGCAGUACGCAUGAUAUCUUCGCUCCUACGGCUGAGGCAGAAUGGACAAGCGACAAGUUUUCGAAUGUGUGGAAUCAUAUCGUCGCCGAAAACGGCUGCAAGUGGUAUGACACUGAGCCACAGCCCGGAGUGAGCAACCUCACCGAUUGUAAGGGCGUCCAACAGUACGCCAUUGCCCACGGUGCUUCAUUCAGAGGACACAACACAUUUUGGCACUCCCAGCUGCCCUCCUGGUUACCAGGGAACGUCUCUGCCAGCGACCUGGUGAAUACGGUUGUCCCUGAGCAUGUUGCAGCAGAGAUCAGCGGGCUCGGCUCGUAUGUCACUUCAUGGGAUGUGACGAACGAGCUCAUUGGAGACAGCACCACGAUGUCCAUGGAUGCUUGGGAAUGCGUCCAAUCCGCCAACCGUUGGCCAACCAUGACAAUGGACGGCGGCUCCGUUCCGCUCGUCACUUACCUGUCUUUUCCCUACGCCGCGUGGUCCACCGCGCUCAAGUAUGACCCAGGAAAACUGGUGUACAACGAUUACAGCACGGGGGCAACGAACGACAGCAAGACGGAAUGCGUGUUCAAAUUGUUGGCAGAUCUGCACACCAACGCCCACAUCCCUUACACACACAUGGGCGUAGGAUUUCAGAGUCAUAUCGGUGCUCAGCCGGGAUCCUUCGUUCCCAAAGAGCAGCUCGAGACGACCUUCAGGCGGCUUGCGGCCUUAGGCGUCGACGCGCUCAUCACGGAGAUGGACAUGUGGAUCCCAACCAACACGACCGCUGCGCUGCGAUAUCAAGCCGCCAUCUGGGGGGAUUAUAUAGACGCGUGCUUGUACUCGAGCAACUGCCACGAGUUCAUAGGCUGGGACACUCGUGACGAUGUCUCUUGGAUCAAAGCUGGUCCUGGUCAUGGUGUAGCCAUGCCUACACUGUUUGACGAGAAUGGGAACCCGAAGCCGGUGUACUAUGAGGUGUUGGCGAGGUUCGAGCGGUACGCGGCUUGGAAGCCAGAGAUGUGUGCGACUGCUCUCGGCGUUGCGGAAUGCCAGGUGCCAAGGGAUUAA